AUGAAUGAUAAUACAAAUUAUAAAGUUAUACCAAAUGAAAGUAAACGUGUCUCAGCAGUGUGUUGGAAGAGAAAUGAAAUGGGCUUUCCAGCUAAAAAGUUACAUGGUAAAGAAGAAUUUAUAGCAAUUCCUGGUUUUGCAUCUUGCUUUAAAUGUUUGGAAACUUAUCGUUAUGUAAAUUCAAGCGCUACUCACAUUAAUUCUCAUAAAUGUUCUAAAUUAUUAUCGUCAACCCAAACAUCUCUGGAUCAGCAUUUUUUAUCAAAAUCAAGUCCUCGUCAAACUGAUCAGCGCACAGCUCCUGUUACAAAAGCUAUUGCUAAAAGAAAAGAAGAAAUGAAGAAAGUCUGUGCUCGAUGGAUCGCCCAUUCAAUGCGAUCUUUUCAAAUUGUUCAAGACUUCGGUUUUAAAGCUGUGAUCGAUGAAUGUCUAAAAAUUGGUCGAGAAUUUGGUCCUGAUACAGUAUUAUCUUCUGAUGAUGUUAUUAGCUGUGAUCGAACAAUUAAAAAUGAAAUACAAAGAUUAGCUAAGGAUGAAAGGUCAUUACUCAAGGAUCGUUUGUUGGAAGCUGUCAAACAUGGUGGUGUGUGUAUCAGUCGAGACAUAUGGAGCGACAAGUAUCGUAAAAUUUAUUACUUAGGCGCAACAGCACAUUUUGUUGAAAAAGAUGGUAAAUAUUACUCGGUUGAUUUAUUUUGUACUGAAUUUAAGGCAAGAAAGAAAAGUGGUGAAAAUAUAAUGAAACUGUUACGCAAGGAAUUAUUAGUUUUUGGACUAGAAGACUAUCUGUCUGAUAUAGUAUUUGUUACUGAUCGUGGUAGUAAUUUUAUUAAAGGUCUAGAUGGUUUUACGGUGCUUUUUUGUACAGCUCAUCGUCUUAACAAUAUUCUGAAGCACACUUUUUAUCAAAACUUGUUAAAGGAAAAAAAGAAUGAUAAAAAUAAAACAACAACAGUUACUGAACGAAUAGAAAAAACACCUAAUAAAACAACUAAAUACAGAACCACAAUUGAAGCAUCACCAGAAAUUGAUUUUCAGAUGGAAUUACUUAAUGGUGAAAAUGAUUAUGAAACAGAUGAUUCCGAAAUUAGUGAUGAUGAUGAUGGCAUUAUCGAUUAUUCAUCAACUACAAUUUAUGACCUACCAACAUCUGCAAGAGAAAUUUUAGAUACUAUUCAUUAUUGUAAAGCUUUAGUAAAAUAUACCAAAAAGGUCAACCUUGAUCGAUAUAUUCAAGUUGAACAAGAAGAUGAAUAUGGUUCAACAGCUGUUGAUGAUAGUCAUAAAAAACAAUUUUCAAAAUUUACCACGCUUCAUCAAUCUUCGGUCGUGCGAUGGCUCUCUUUGCAUGAAUUAUUAUCAAGUAUUGAAAAAGCUUAUCAUCCUCUGAAAAGUAUUUUAUAUGAAAAACAAGAGUCGUCAAGACUCGAGAAGAUCAAUAUGAAUAUAGUUAGUCAAUUAAUAAAAUUUUUGGAACCAUGGAAAUAUGUAAUGAAUGAAAUUCAACUUAGUAAUUCACCAUCAUUAUUUUUGACAUUACCUUGUAUCGGUUAUCUAAAACAAGAAAUUAUAAAAAUAGAACGGACAAUGAGAGGUGGUAUGAAAUUCUUCGCUAAACGAGCAUCGCAAUUAUUAGAAUCUAUGUUUAAAAUUGAAAAUUUGCACGUUAUGGGUACAUUUUUACAUCCAAAUUAUAAACAAUUAAGACAUGCUACACAAAUGCAAAUAAUUGAAUGUCAUUCUUCAUGCCGAAUGGCAAUUCCACCAUCAUCAACUACGACUAGACAUGUGCGGGACCAACUUUUUUUGGUCCCGGUCCCGGUCGUUGGUCCCGGUGAAAUUGAAUUUUGGUCCCGGUCUGGUCCCGGUCCUGGUAAAUUUUUUUUUGGUCCCGAAUCAUUAAUGGAUGAUAUAGCUCCAGUUGUAGUGCCACAAACAAAAGAUGAAGUCGAUUUAUAUAUUGAUUUUUAA